AUGCCACCGAUUUUUCAAGUAGAAGGUGACCCGAGUUCGCAACAGCAAUCACUAGUAAUGACAACCAACCGUGGGAACUUCUCGAGGUUGAGGUUAGGGCCAGAAGGAAUCUAUGAAGUUUACACGUGGUUCCCUAAUCAUCGAGAAUGGAAAUUAUCAUGGUCAGUAAAUGAUUCAUGCUUCUGGAGUAGAUCAUGUAAAUCGUACAGCUUCUGCUCCGAAUACACAAGGCCCCUAUGUAACUGUAUCGAAGGAUUUAAUCAGAAGUUGGAUAAUGGGUGGACCGGAUGUACGAGAGGGACUAAUAUGAGUUGCAGUCAAGAUCGGUUUACUACACUACAUAACAUGAAACUGCCGAAUGAUAGACAUGAUCAUGAGAUGUGGAGUGGUGGUCUACAAAUACAAGUCUGUGAGAAGUAUUGCCUUGCAGAUUGCCAUUGCACCGCAUAUGCGUUCAUGGAAAGCCGAAAAGGGCAGGGUAUAUGUGUGAAUUGGUCUGGAGAGCUCGAAGAUAUGCGAAACUAUACUUUCGGCGGUCAUGACCUGCAUGUCAGAAUUGCAGCUAUGGAUCACGGAAGAACCAAAAACAGAAAUAAAAUAAUAGGUUUCAGUAUUGGGGUGAGCAUUUUGCUUCUUUUAAGCUUUAUAAUUUUCCGCUUAUGGAAAAGGAAGCAGAAGCAAUCAAUAGCAAUUCCAAAUCCAGGUAAAUCAACAACUUUCAUUGCCUUUAUUUAUUAUAUCUGCCAAGAUUCGAUAAUGAAAGUGGUAAUAUCAAGCAAGAGACGAACAAUAGGAGAUAUAAAAACAGAGGAUCUAGAGCUUCAACUGAUGGAUUUUGAAGCUAUAGCCAACUCAACAAACAAUUUUUCUAACACCAACAAGCUUGGAAAAGGUGGUUUCGGUAUUGUUUACAAGGGAACGUUACUUGGUGGGAAAGAAAUUGCGGUAAAGAAAUUAUCAAAAACGUCUUCACAAGGGACAGAUGAGUUUGAGAAUGAGGUUGGACUCAUUGCAAGGCUGCAGCAUAUUAACCUUGUCCAGCUUCUUGGUUGUUGCGCUGACAAGGGGGAGAAGUUGUUGAUCUAUGAAUAUUUAGAGAAUCUAAGCCUUGAUUCUCAUCUCUUUGACAAAAGCCGACGCGUCAAAUUAAAUUGGCAACUGAGAGUUGAUAUUGCAAAUGGUGUUGCAAAAGGACUGUUAUAUCUUCACCAGGACUCACGGUUUAGGAUCAUCCAUAGAGAUUUGAAAGUAAGUAACGUUUUGCUUGAUAAAAAUAUGAUUCCAAAGAUCUCUGACUUUGGCAUGGCUAGGAUUUUUGGACGGGAUGAGACAGAAGUUAAAACCCGGAAGGUGGUUGGAACUUAUGGCUACAUGUCUCCGGAAUAUGCAAUGAAUGGGAUAUUCUCGGUGAAAUCAGAUGUCUUCAGUUACGGGAUCUUACUUCUUGAGAUUAUAAGUGGCAAGAGGAGUACAGGAUUUUACAACUCAUAUGGUGGCCUUAGUCUCCACGGUUGGGUGUGGAGGAACUGGAAGGAAGGAAAAACGCUAGACAUCAUAGAUCCAAUCAUAAUAGAUUCUACGUCGUCAUCGUCAACGUUCAAGACACAUGAAGCCUCAAGAUACAUACAUAUUGGUCUCUUGUGUGUUCAAGACCGUGCUGAAGACAGACCAGAGAUGUCGUCUGUAACGGUGAUGCUUGGAAGCGAAACUACGACUCUUCCUGAGCCGAAACAGCCAGCGUUUUGCGUUGGGAAAGGUCCUCUUGAGCCUGAACUAAGUAAACAGGGUGACGAUGAGUGGACAGUGAACCAAAUCACUCGCUCCGUUAUUGACGCUCGGUAAAUUUGAAAGUUGCUAAGCGGGUCUGUUUAAUGUUUUAGCAAGUUUGUACUAUUAAAUAGCAGAAUCGCAUUUUUUUUUUAGACCAAAAAAAAUAGCAGAAUCGCCUUUAUAAGAAGAGUACACGAUGUAACAAAAAAGAGUACAAUGGCUCCGAAAUGCAGUAAUAACAAUUUAC